CUCGAGAGGAUGUCUUGCUGCGGAGGAAACUGUGGUUGUGGAUCUGGCUGCAAGUGCGGCAACGGAUGCGGAGGUUGCAAAAUGUACCCAGACUUGGGCUUUUCAGGCGAGGCGACAACAACUGAGACUUUGGUCUUCGGCGUUGCACCGGCGAUGAAGAACCAGUAUGAGGCUUCUGGCGAGAGCAGCGCUGAGAACGAUGCUUGCAAGUGUGGAUCCGACUGCAAGUGUGACCCUUGCACCUGUAAAUGAAUAAACUUUUUUUAAAAAAAGCAGAGAUGAUCUUAAUCGGAGUUUUUAAUUAAGUAAUAAUGUCUGGUCUAUGUGUAAUAAUGGCUGCAGCCUUUGUCUUUGGUAUUCGUUUGUGUUUUGGUCGAAUUUAGAUGUCUCUGCCAUAUGUGACUCGUU